AUGCAGGCUGUUCUUCUGCUCUUACUGCUGGCUGGAGCCUCCAAAGAGAGGAGAGAUUCAGGAACAUAUAGAGUGGAGAUCUUUAAAAAGUCAUCAGGGAAGAGUGUGGGAGAUAACACAGUACAGCUGAUCAUUGAAGCCCCUGUGUCUGAUGUGGACCUGUCAAUCAGCUGCUUAGCCAAUGGGGAGUGGAGGCUGAGGUGCUCCUCCAAUGGGGAGAGUCCUCAGUACAGCUGGUACCUGGGUGGGAGGCCUCUGAGUGAAGCUGAUGCUGAUCUCAGUCCAGAUAUCCAGACUCUCCUGCUGAGUAGGAAUGUGACUGGAGAACUCACCUGCAGCGUCUCAAACCACGUCAGCAGCAAAAACACCUCAACUCUGCUGCUGGACGCCUGCUCUGGUACCUCCACUGUGUCUGUCACACCAACUAACCAGACUAACACGACUCUUCCCUCGACCCACCCAGGUCACUCAAUGACGGAUAUAGCUAUUUCUGUGUUAUUAUCCCUGACUGUGUGUCUGUGUGUCGUUGUGGGGACGUUCUACAUCAGAAUGAAAAAGAGGAAUACACACACUCCAGUGAGCGAAAAGAAAGAGCCUGAGGAUUUGGUGUACGUCCAGGUGACCACUGGUAGCAACGGCAGAGGACGAAGAUCAAACAUUCAAGGUACAAGAGUGGAAACACAGGAUGUGGUGUAUUCUGGCGUUGCCAUGGCAAAUAGGAGCAGCAGGCAUAAAAGCAGGAAGCCACCGGCAGCUGAGGCGUAUGAGUCGGAGUAUGCUGAGGUGUCUGUCUUCAGUAAGCGACGGGGCCCAACUGAGAGUCACAGGCCAGAGGAGUCGGUUGAGUUGUGUGUGUGUGUGUGCAUGCACCUGUCUUGCCCUUUCUGACCACUUUUGUAUUUUCUUUACAGCAUUGGUACAGUAAAGUUAAUAGUACUGAAUGUUUUGUCAAGAAACGUUAUCUUAUCUCUGCAACAGCUGAGAAUUUCAAAAUGAUAAUGAACAUCCCCAACAACAAUCCCAGAGGCAGGGCCAUCGUGUGAUAAUUAUCUAGUAAUUACUCUCAACACCAAAU